AUGACGAAGCGAUCCUGCGAUGGAUGUAGACGGCGGAAGGUCAAGUGCGAUGCACAGAGCCCGCAGUGCUCCAAUUGUCUGAUGUCUUCCAUGACUUGCGAAUACACAGUUCCGGCAAAGAAACGGGGACCGCCCUUUCGGGCUCACAGAACAGAUCAGAUCAGAACUCGGAAUAAGGACAACCAGUUGAAUAGCGUGGUGUCUGUCUCAGGGCACUCUCAAGCUGCUGGUUCUCAAGUUGAAGAUUCCUUUGUUGACAGUCCACCAAACGAUAAUCUAUCUCUAGGUUGCAGUCACCCACAGAAGAAUUGCAUCCAUGCUGCAUUCGACGCAGCCAUUGGCGAUCUUCUCUCAGCUCUGGGGAAAGCCCUGCCAUACGUCCCACUUGAAGACGUUCUGUCUUCCUGCAUUGAUCUUUACCUGCAAUGGGAGUUCCCAACUAGCCCUAUCAUCUGCGAACCGAUGGUUCGGCAAAUGAUGCAUGGCGUGGUCCCAAUCCUCCGGAGAGAAACUUCACUGUUUAGCGACCUGACAACUAGCCGUACCACCUCAGACAUUCCAGCCAUCCGGGAUUUUGCCCUCAUUACGGCCCUCUGCGCCGUCGUCUCCUCCACUCUACCAGCCGAGAUAUUUCCCGGUGGCGCAGCACUUGCGAUGCCGUUCCUCAGGACAUCGCGAGAGGCUCUUCGUCUCUACCAGGACUACGACAUCGAACACCCAGAGUCGAGCUCAAUAAUCAUCCGGUAUUUCCAUUCCAACUCAUUACAUGCUCUCGGAAAGACAAGCGUGUCAUGGCACGCCAUGGGCGAGGCACUUCAACUGGUGCAAGAGAUGCGAUUGUACGAUGAGGCAUCCUUCAGCGGUCUCGAGUGGCCCGAGGCUCAGCUAAGGAGAAACACCUUUUGGCAUCUCUAUAUUGGGGAUAAGUCCGCUUCGAUUCUUAACAAAGUCCCCAUCUCGCUUCACCAGAUGUGUCUGGACACGCCUAUUACCACCAUAUUUGACAAGACUGAGGAUUGCAAACUCCUUCAGCCCGGUCCCGAAAUCGAUGAUGCUGCCGGUUUUGAGUGCCGAUUACGUCUAUGUUUUAACCUUUGCUUCCAGCUUUGGUACACAGCUUCCGAGAUGCUCGUCGACUUAAACCUCCUUUCACGCCUACACGGCAAAACUGGAUCGAUUCCCUCAGGUACUUCGAACGAUGCAUCAGACUUGAAGAAAUCUACUAUGCAGUCAUACUUUGACUUCACCAGUAUUAUACACAGUUGUCCAGCUUGGGUCCGUGAUCCCAAAGCUGCAGUCUUGGGAACGAUCAGCGAGUCAACAGCCCAGUUCCGAGUCCGCGCAAUAUUCAUUCAGAAAGCCAACUUAUUCGUCACGUUCCACAUAUUGCGCCUCGUCCUCCUAACUCGCUUCUCUGAACGAGGCUUCAUCGAGGUUCUGGGGCUAGUAGAUGACCCAGUGAUGCUUGCCAUGCGAAAAGUCGAGAUAGCGAGCGAUCUCCUGGGGGCUGUGUCGGACAUUCCCUUUGAGGCCCUACAAGCCAACGGAGAGCCUUGCGUUGAAAAGCUCCGACAAGUGGGUGUGGCUCUCCUCGAAAUCAUCCACAAUGUCGGCAACGAGGCCAUCUCCACUCGUGCUAGAUCCCUCUUUGGCACGCUGUUGGACAUUCUAGCCCGGCUAAACUCCAGGAUAUCAAACGAGCUGAGCAAUGAUCGCGAGUCAUGA